AUGAAUGCUCUGGUGGCGCUAUUGCAUUUCUGUGAAGUGCAUGGUCCUUGUGUAGUGUAUUGCACUCAAACAAUACACACAAAUUCGCCUUCUUUGAAUGAGAACGACCUGUGUGGCAGCGAUAGUAACCUAUCCACUUCUCCUAUACCCAUACUACCAUCAAAAUACCCUGCAGCACUGCAACAAGCAUCCUCCGUGUCCACAACAUACUCUUCAUCAUCGCUUCGUAAGAAUUCAGUAUCAUCUCUCAACACUACCACGAAUAUACCUGGAUUAGGUGCACCAUCAGCAAUGGCAACGACACCCACAUCCAUAGGAACCAUAGGCACAGCACCCAGCACAACAUGUGCAGCCUGUACAGCCCAACUACCCCUCAUCAAUAAUGGCACAAGCAUCACAGAAGCGAAGCACUUAGUCACCACAGACGAUGAUGACCCUACUAUCCAAUACAUUGGUACAAGCAAAUCACCACAGCAACCACACCUGUAUAAAGCUGUACGUCUAGCAUGCGUGCGUAGCCUGACAGCCGAGUUUUGUCAAGGCCGUGAUGGGCCAGUAUUGUUUGGAGAUGAUGAAAAUGGACAUGUCAUGAGCUACAUGUUUAAGCUCCGUGAUGCUCAAGCUCGAGGAGAAGCUCGCUUCUAUGCGCUCAUGAUGCUGAUGACAGACCGAGUAUAUCUAGUGAGCUGUUGGCCGUUACUAGUCAGCGCAUUUCGAUCCAUGGCAUUGAAUUUGCAAGAAAGAGCCAACAUGGUGUUUCAACGAGAGAAAGAUGGCAUGCGCCAGAUCACACAUAAUAGCAGAAGAGCGCCGGCCAUGACAUCACAAGACCAGUUUUAUAGAAGAAGAAGUAAUACAGCAUUGAGAUCCCUAGUGGAUCUGCUAGGCAUCAAAGAUAUUUAUGCACAGAUUCAAGCACAGUUUAGUUACACAUUGAAAUUAGCCUCAAGAAAACGGAUGGAAAAGUUGACAUUAGGCAGAAGAGAAAGUGCUCUGUACCAAAAGCUGAAAGCAGAAUACGAAGCAAAGAAGAAAUCAAACGACAAUAGUGAACCAGCGUCACAAAACGCACCAUCAUCAAAUGAUCUAUGA